CGUUAAUAUAAUAAUGCAUAAAGUACCAACUUCAAGAUCUGCUUCAAGCAAUCGAAUAACUUUAAUUAAUAAACUCAGCUCACCUUUACACACUCAAUAAGAUAUACUAGAUCAUAAAAUCAACUAGAAAGAACUUAUUGAAUCAUUACUCAAAACAAUCAAGAGAAAACCCACUUAAAAUGAGAAACCAUAAAAAAGAAUACGAUCUAAUGCUAAUUCAGGUCAAAAAUUGGUUGAAAUCAAUAAAAAUGUCUUACAUAUAAGAGAUUAUGAGACUGAAUAAUAGACAUUUAAGAAAAUGCUCAAUAAGACUAUUUUACCUAAAGCAUAAUAAUUAUCUAAUUAUACUAUGUUAUAAUUCUUAGGCAAAGGUAAAUAUAGUGAAGUAAAACUGGCUUGUGAAAUCAAUACUGGAAUACAUGUCGCACUUAAAAUAAUGAAAAAAGAAUAAAUUUCUUCUAUUUGGAAAAGUAUUGCAUAAGAAUUAAAGAUUUAAUACCUUCUCAAUCAUCCCAAUAUUGUUAAACUAUAUACUUUCUUUCACACAAGUUAUUAUUAUUAUUUAUAUCAUAGCCACUGAUAUUGUAUUAGUAUUAGAAUAUUGUUGUCAUGGACAAUUACAUAAAUUAUUAAGAUCACUACCAGAAACAUGUUUUACUGAAUAAGUGGCAGCAUUCUACAUUAAAUAAGUAGCUUCAGCCUUAAAUUAUCUACAUAGAAAUGGAAUUAUUCAUAGAGACAUUAAACCAGAAAAUAUAUUUUUAUGUUACAAUCAAAUUAAAUUGGCUGAUUUUACUCAUUCAAUCUACUCUCCUUAAUAAGAAAGAUCUACUUAAUGUGGAUCAUUAGCAUAUAUAUCACCUGAGAUCAUCAAAGGAGAAAACUAUGAUAAAAGUACUGAUAUGUGGUCAUUGGGAGUCUUAGCAUAUGAAUUAUGUACUGGAGAAACUCCUUGGGAAGAUCUAUCAUAUCAAGAAAUGUAGGAUAUGAUUAUAAGUGGAAAUAUCAGAUUCCCCAAUAAAUUUUCUUAAGAAUUAAGAGAUUUCAUAAGAAAUUUAAUACAUGUAGACCCUAAAAAUAGAAUGAAUGCUCGACAAGCCCUAAAUCAUCCUUGGUUAAUUGAUAGUAAAUAGGAAGUAUCUUAAUUCACUAUUGAUAUAUGA